UAUCCAGUCAGUCGUUUACCAUCACUCACAUGUAGUGUCACUUGUGUUUGUUGCGUGUACUGUGAAUCAAUUCAUUUUGUUGUUCCGUUUCCACAAAGUGAGAUAAAGUGACAAGAAAAUUUUAUUUGAGAUUGGGAGCCACGAAAUUUAAUAUUUUAAUUUUGUGAAUCAACCAAGACAAAGCUGCAAGUGUGCGUGGUGCAAAAAAACAGUUCGAUACAGAAUGGGUUGUAAUACGAGCCAAGAGCAAAAAAGUGCGGUGACCGAAAACAAUGGUGAUAUCGAUACCAACAAUGAAACAAAUCAGAGCGCACGAAAUUCGGCGAAGAGUGAAAAGGCGUCGAAAAGCGCAAAAAGUGAAAAACUAAUAAACGGACACGACACCAAAUCCGACGACAAAGCAAACGAAGAGCAAGCAGCAACAAAGAUUCAAGCAGUUUUUCGUGGACACAAAGUACGCGCAAGCAUGAAGCAAGGAGAUUCAUCAAACAGCACCAAUACAAAGAACGCAACAUCAGCAACUGCCAUAAGUAAUGCAAGCAAUGAACCUGAGCCAACUGAAGAUGAAUUAAAAGCGGAGUUUCGGGAAGAUGAUAAAGAGCUAUGCGAUGCUGCCGUUCGUAUUCAGGCUGCAUUCCGUGGUCAUUUGGCUCGAAAGGUGAAAGAUGGCAGCGAACUUAAAGAUGAUAAAGAUCUACAGGAAAUCACUAAAAAAGUUGCCGAAGAGCUAGAUAUUGAUUUAAAUGAUCCGGAACUGAAUAAAGCGGCCACAAAAAUUCAAGCUUCAUUCCGAGGACAUAAAUUGCGGACAGAGGUUCGCAAAACCGACUAAAUUUUUUUGGACGCAUUCAACGCGUAAUUUAACGGUGUUAUUUUGAUAGCCCGGUGUUUUUUUUGUUCGGCGAGAAACACUUUCAUCAAUUUUCGCAAAAAAAAUUAUAAAAAUUAACAGAAACUAUGCAACAUCCAACAAAAACAAAAAAAUACAACCAAAAAAAACAAUGCAUUUUUAAAAUGCUGCACGAGAAAUUGCACUUCUUAUACUUUAUGUGGUUAGUGGUUCUUUUCUAAAAAAAAAGUAAUAAUAAUAAUAAAAUAAUUAAUGUCUAGAAUGUUCGUAUCAAUUAAAAAUUAGCUUGUUUUCCAACUGGAAGAGGACACACACUCACACACAUACAUACAAAAUGGCAGAACUUAUUAUGAAGAUGUAUACAUGAAAAUCUCUAUUUUUAAUACCGUUUUUUCUCCACAUAGAAUCAACACAAUAACACGAACGGCGCAUCCGAUUUCUUUUCCAUAUAAAUCUGAUUCACCAAUGAAAAGCGAACGAAAAAAAAACACACAAAAAAAGCAUCCAUUGCAUAUGUUUCCAAUAGUCCCAAUGGAAUUGCAGACAAACAGGUAGUAAAGACUUAUUUAAAUAAAAAUUUAAUCGGAGAAUCUGAAAAAAAUUAUUGUGGCCAUUGGUCUAAUUACAAUUUAUUCAACUAUCAUUGGUUUGAUGCGGCGACAAUUUGUUUCGAUUUAAUUGAAAAAUGGAAAAAAGAUAAACAUUUUAUGUGUCUAUUUUUAAAAUGAACAUGAGAAGAUGAAAAAAAAUUGAUUCCUCAAGUUGCAUUGAAUCAUUGAAUGCAGCAUAUCAAUUGAUGUGCAUUUAGUAAAUUUGACCCGAAUAUUUUAUCCAUAAAAUUUCAAAUGAAUUUUAUAAAUUACAUACACACACACAAACACAAUCACAAUUAUUUUAAACAUUUUAAUAGAAUUUGAACUUUCUAAUAAACAAACAAAUAUAUAUUUUCGUCUUAUUUCGAUUGAUUUUAUAGUACAUCCCAUUUAAGAAUUAAUAAAUCAGUCAAUUAUUGAUUCAACUGAUUGAAAUGUCACUGGAUGCAUAUAUCCAUGGUCAUUCGAAAUAGUUGAAAAAUUACUCUCUUUUGCGCACCGAAUUGCCGCAACGCUUUUGAAGCAUAAAAAUAAAGUGUGUAUUUUGGCAGAAGAAAUACUAAAUGCAUCAUUCAUGGCCAAAUGGACAAAAAUUCAAUUGCCAGCAGAAUCUAGGGGGAAUUAUCUAUAUGUUUAUACGGUUUAUACGCAAGUAUUUUUUACUGAAUAUACUACAAAAAGAUGAAGACAUCGCAAGUAUGCCGCAUAUACGCUGCAUAUUUGCGUAUAAACCACAUAUAUACGGAGUUAUUUGCAAAUAUUAUUUGCAAAUAUUCUUCCGUAUAUGCGGUUUAUAUUCUUAUACGCAGCAUAUUCGUAACUUAUUUUAUUCGAUAUUUUCCCCUAGAGCAGAAUGUAAAUCGAUAUAGCUAUUUCAUGCGAAGUAAUUUGAUUCGCUGCAAUUGACUGUUUCAAUUUUCAAAAUCAUUGCAAACAAUAUUGUGCGCAUUUUUUAUCCUCAUGAUGGCAGUUCCACUUGUUUCGCUUUUUUGUUGGUCAAUACAAACAAUUCAUUACAAAAACCAAAUGUUAUAACAUCCAUUUAUGAGUUGCUAUUUCACGAUGGUUGAGAACGAGAAAGGACGAGAAAAAAAAGUGUCUUGAUUUUAUAUCCUUGAUAUUGAUUCGAUAUUGUUGUAAGAAACAUAAUAAUAACAACGAAUAAUAUCAUAAAGUAAUGACUUUUCAUAAGACAUAUUUUUAUUAAUCGUAAAUGUACUUUUUCGCAUUUCCCAUCAUAAAAAGUUGAAAUGAACUACCAUUGAAGUUCGUUCUUUUUUUUUGCGUUCGUUGAGUAAACUUUAUAUGCACAAAUAUUAUUUGGGCAGCACGAACAACGCAAAUAAGUUUUCGUGUCAGUGUGUGCAUGCAAGCGUGCUUUGUGUAUUUUACGCAUGAAAGUAAAUCGAUGAAUUGCUAAACAACAUUAUGUACAACGCGUGAAAUAUUCAAAGCACACACACACUCAACGGCUGUUGAAAGCAACACCCGUGCAAAUAAUUUGAGAAUAUAAGAUUCAUUGGUCGACCAUAAAUGUGGUAAAAUUUGAUCAGAACAUUAUCUGGGCCAAUCUAUUGUGUGGUAUUAUUCGCUUCGUUUACGCUGUAUGUCUUUUCAUUCCAUUUUACUACAUUAACACGCGGUUAACGACUCUAGACUCAUUGAUCCUACCAUAUAUACAUAUAUAUGAUGUAUCAGAUCAAACAAAAUAUAAAAAAACGGGGUUUUUUAUGUGUGCAACAAGAGCAAACAUGAAAAAUUUCAUUCUCUUCAGAAAAUCAUGUUGAAGCUUUUAACCACAUUGAAUUAUUCUAUGCCUACAGGCAUACAAUACGCCCUAAAUCUAUCUUUUGAUCUAAACAAAUGCACUCCAAACACACUUCCAAACAAGCAUAUGGAAUUGGCAUCCCUUCCCAAAAUAUAUAUAUAUAUAUUUAUUUUGCAAACAAAAAGCUUUGUACAUUUCGUUUUUUUUUGUGUCUGUUAUAAUGUUUCCAUAGAUUAGAUUAAGUUUGAUUGUAGUGUGAUUAUUAAACUGUAGAGAUUGGCAAUCACAUUCACUCAACAGAAUAAAUUGGGCCUUGUGUCAACAAAACAAAAAAAAAAUAUUAAUGACAACAUAAUAUUGAUGAACCAGCCCGAUUCUUUUCUUCUUGUCAUUAUUUCGUUCCUUUUUAUUCGGUUCGGUGAGUGAAUGUGUAUGUGUGUGGCUAAAGAUAAUAUCGUUUUAUCAUUAACGUGUGUCUAAUGUUAAGAGAACUAACAUCAGUUAAGUCACCUUAUGUGUAAAAUCAUUUGCAAACAUGUUUAGAUUUUAGUAAUUAGUUGAAUAAACAAACCAAACAAACACAAAAAAAUAGAACACAAACCAAUCCAAACAAUUUGAUUUCAGUUUGAAGUUUUUGUUUUUUAUUUUUUUUUCUUUCAAAAGAUUAAGAUUGCGAGGCUUUCGUUGGUUUUGGGCUUUGAUUCAUCAAAAACCUGAAUAUUUUCAAUAAAUCAACAUGGGAUUCAUUUGAUUUCAUUGUUCUCUUUCAUGUGUAUGGACAUGGAUUUCUGAAGGGAAAUGUUUUAUUUCAUAUUUCAUUUGUUGUAAAUGUUCCAAAACGCUUUCAUUUCUCAAUCAAAUAUCAUUGGCAUUCGUGACAAAAACAAUUAUGUCAUUUACUAAAUUGUAAUCUAAUUUGAUCGGUGAACGUUUGCUAUGUCAACGCUUUACCAUUUUAUUUGUCAAAAUGUAUAUACAUACGUGCGUCCUAUAAUUAGGAAAAAAAAGAAGAAUUUCGUUUCAAUUUCGCUAUUUUUGCUGCUAAAAUUGUUCCCAUUACAACGACUUCGCAAUCAUCGCUACGUAGGUACCGAAUACAGUGCAGAUAAAUUGAUAAGUUUAACAUUUUAAAUGGAAACAAAUUUUCAAAUGAAUUACAAAUGAUGCUUUUAACUUAAAUCUAGAGCCCAAUUCAGAAAUAUAUUAUAUUAAAUUCAAUGAUUUAUGUAAAAAUAAAAUUAAAUAGGCAUAAAAACUAUAAAAAAAUUGAAACGGUUUAAAACCAAUAAAUUAAUUGGAAAAUGUAACAUCCUCACUGUCAAAAA